AUGUCAAAGAUUAUACUUAGAAGUAUAGUAGUGAACCGGAAGGUCCACAUACGAAUCAAACGAAAGUGGAACUACGUCACUUUAUCUCUUUUUGCCCUAAGCUUUAUAGUAUACUUUAAGUACACUCUAGGCACCACUUUUUCACUCACAAAGUGGAAAGAUGAUAUAAGCUGUUACUAUGAUACCAAUGAUAAUAAUUUAUCAAGUAUCACAGCGUUUAAUCCGACCGGUCGAUCGAUAUUCUUCAAUGAUCCCUCGUGCAACGUUCGCGUUUUUCAUCCAAAGGAUGCGUGCUCUAUUGAAUCCGCUGCGAGGGCGCACCGGGAUUGGCCGAUCUAUGUUCUUUUCAACAGUCCCGUUUCAAAUGAAGAAUUAAAAAGGAAUGACGUAUUAAAAGUCCUCAUGAAGCUUCCAAAUAUACACUUCGCUCGAGUUAACAUUGAGGAACUUUCCAUGGGUACACCUGCAGAAGGAUUCGUAUCGAGUGGAGCUUUAAACGAUACCGAUUGCGCUAUAGCCUUCACGGAAGUUCUGGUGAAAUAUAUAACGCUGUAUAAAUGGGGAGGCAUUUUCAUGGAAAAAGACUUUAUAGUGACGAAGUCGUUGAGCUCAUUACCUCGGAAUUGGGUUCCGAAGUCUGAUGAUCAAUCCAUAGGUUCUGGUAUACUUGCAAUCUCUAAAGAAGGGCGAUCUAUUGCUGAAGCCGCGUUAAGAUUACUUAUAAAACAUCACAAAAAUUUUGACUGCACGAAUGGAGAAAAUGUAAUGGCCAAGAUUGUAGAGCAAGAAUGUUCCACGCCUAAUCCUAUCAGCAAUGCUGCAAUCUCUUGCAAUGGAUUUGAAAUCUACGGCCAGCAGUUCUUCUAUCCAAUAGAAAGCCAACGUGUAAUGGACUUUUCCCAGCUUGGCGAAUUGCCGGGAUACGAGACAGCAUACACAUAUUAUCUCUGGACCAAGAUGGGAAUCGGCACAGGAAGAAAAAAACGAAUCGGAUCCCGUUACAGCAAGCUUGCUAGGAAACACUGUCCCGCUAUUUAUUAUGCGUUUGCUUAUAAAUUUUAA